GGGUCAAUCCAGGCGCAAUAUGCAUGAUAGUCUCAAGCUGGGUACACUGAUCAAAGUUAAUCUAAUUAAGACAUAUUUGUUAUGAAUCGAAUACAUUCUCAAAACGGUUUGCAAACGCGAUUAUUCGAACUUUAAACAUGUUUAAAGUGGGCAAAUCGUUUAGAAGCAAAUCGGACGUUUCAUUACUGUUUUCUGGUGGAAAUUUUAGAAAGUCCCAUAGCGGGGAAGUUGGUUUGCCCAGGCAAGCGGAUGUGGUGAUUGUUGGUGGAGGCAUUGCAGGAUGUAGUGCGUUUUACCAGUUGACCAAACGAGGUGUUAAGCCCGUUCUGAUUGAGCAUAAUAAGUUAACAAAUGGCACUACAUGGCAUACAGGAGGAUUGGUGUGGAGCUUGAGGCCCAACGACACAGACAUCCAACUACUUUACAGAACCAAAGAAAUUUUGAAAAAUUUGGAACAAGAAACUGGUGUUGAUCCAGGUUUUAUCAACAAUGGUGGAAUAUUUAUUGCCAGAACUUUAGAUAGAAUGGAAGAAUUUAAAAGGCUCCACACCUUAGGCCACUACUUCAACGUGCACAGUCAGCUAAUCACUCCUAAGGAGGCCGCAAAAUUAAGUCCAAUUUUGGAUCCAAACGCAUUUUAUGGGGCUGUUUAUUCUCCAACUGAUGGGCACGCAGACCCCACUUCCUAUUGUAGUGCUCUUAUUAAAGGGGGUAUUGCAAACGGUGGGCAGGUCUUCGAGCAUACCACCCUGACGAAAAUCCACUUCGAAGAGAGCACUCAAGGGUUGAAAAAGAUUAUUGGGAUUGAAACAAACAAAGGUAGCAUUAAAACCAACACGGUUGUUAAUGCGGCUGGAGUAUGGGGCAGAAAUGUGUCUAACAUGGUAGACAUUGAAAUACCAAUAACUCCAAUGAAACACAGCUACGUAGUAACGAACACAAUCGAGGGCGCUCGAGAUUCGCCAUCCAUCAGAUGCCACGAUAGUUCUUUGUAUUUUAGACCCCAAGGAGACUCAAUUCUCUUUGGCGGAUAUGAAGGCAACCCAGACAUCCUAAAGCAAGUCCCGGAGGAUUUCAGUUUUAAACUCUUCGAAAUGGACAAGAGCAUCUUUGAGGUGCACUGGAAACGCGCUGUCGAAUUAUGUCCCUCUUUUGAACAGGCGGGGAUCAAAGCCGACGUGUGCGGGCCGGAAUCAUUUACUCCAGAUCAUAAACCAUUAGUUGGAGAGGAUCCAAUUGUUGUUGGUUUGUACUACAGCCUCGGAUACAAUUCGAUGGGGAUGAUGUUCAGUGGAGGAGUAUCAGAACAAUUGUCUUACUGGAUCACACAAGGACGCCCCGACAUGGAUAUGCACGAUUUUGAUAUCCGCCGAUUUUCUCAACGACAGAAACCAGAUAGAGCGUGGGUGACCGAGACAUGUCACGAAAGUUACGCCAAAACUUACAGCAUCGUGUACCCACACGACCAACGAUUGUCCGGCAGAAAUCUGAGGAUCGAUCCUUUCCAUGAGCAUUUGGUGGCCAGUGGAGCAGUAAUGGAAGAGGCUCUCGGCUGGGAGAGACCGGCUUAUUUCAUUCAAGAAGACAGAACAGCCCCAGUUAGAGGGUAUGACUGGUAUGGCAACUACGAUCACGUGAGACAUACUGAUCAGCGAUAUAUGAAGGAAUUGGAAAAGGACCUAACGUUCGGAUUCUCCAAAAAUUUUGAUUUGAUCAAAAGCGAAGCUUUAGCGACCAGGACAAACGUGGGGCUGUUUAACCUAUCGUGCUAUACGAAAAUGUACUUAACAGGCCCGGAUGCCGAAGAGGCCGCAGAUUGGUUAUUCACUAAUCAUUUGAGCCAAGAUCCAGGCCGGGUUUCAUACACCCUUUCACUAAAUUCUAAAGGUGGAAUCGAGUCAGAUGUUACGGUGACCACUUUGGAAGAGGGAGGAGGCACUCUUGUAGGCCCAAUAUUAAAGGGUAAAGGAUACUACAUAGUGGCUGGAGGACCAUCUGGCUACCAAACCAAAAGCCAUUUGAGAAAGCAGCUCUUCAAGAAAAACUUCAAGUCGCGCAUAUCCGAAAUCACUGACCGACUGGGAAUUCUGUCAAUUCAGGGCCCGAAAAGCCGAGAACUACUUCAAUCGGUCACCGAAUCUCCCAUUACCGAUGAGAAGUUUCCACUAGGCAUGUCUCACAUUAUAAAAAUUAACGGCAAGAGCUGCAGGGCAAUGCGGCUCAGCUAUGUGGGAGAAAUGGGUUUUGAAAUUCAUAUCCCAUACGCCCACUGCGUAUCCGUUUACAAUAAAAUCGUAAACGCGGGCCGAGGGUUCGAUUUGACUCUGGCAGGGUUCAGGGCAAUGGACUCACUGAGCAUGGAAAAAGGUUACCAUCUACUAAAUACUGAUCUGCGAAUUGAUGAUAAUCCAGUGGAAGCAGGUCUGGAGCGAUUUUGUCGAAAGGACGGCCAAUACCAGGGAAAAUCCAUCGUAGAAAAGGUGAAGCAGGAAGGGGCAAAAAAGAAAAGAUGCUUCUUUACACUUCAAGAUAAUGUGGCCCUAUACGGGCUGGAAACUAUUUGGAGAGACGACGCAAUUGUUGGCUAUCUGCGAAGAGGAGCCUACGGGUUCGCUUUAGAUUCUUCGAUCGGUUUGGGAUAUGUUCGCCAUCCAAAGGGAAAGUCGGUUGAUAGCGAAUUUCUGAAAACCGGCGAAUACCAUAUUGAAAUCAGGGACAAAAAGUACCCAGCUACAUUGUACCUAAACAGUCCAUUCGAUCCAAAGAACCAACGACUACUUGGACGAUACGAAAAUCAGUUUGAAGAGCAAUCGCACUUUGAAGACUGAAAAGUUCAAAGUGCGCCGUUGCUCGUUCACAUUUCAGCCCAUGUAAUCCCAUAUGACAGACCGUCCAACAGGGGAAUAAAUGUUUUAGUGGCACAUGGUUUCAUUACAAGACACUUUUUAGCAUUUUGGAAUAAAUAUGUUCUUUACAAAAUCAAAA